CUCACACUCACAGACGCACGCGCACCCAGCGGAUCGUCGCGUCGAACUGGACGCGACACGCCUUCAGGCCUGACCUUCCUGUACAUGUCAUGUGUGCGGCCACACGGUGUGUCAUGACAGUGAGCGCAUUGUGUGGAUUGGAUACAAACAGGAGGAAGUGUACAUGGAGGCCACACGCACGCAAACCAGCAAACUCACACGGACGGCACGGCAAACCAGCUAGCUGCUCCCCUGCCCCCCCCUGUCAGUCAACUGUGCAAAGCCACCUCUCUCUGCUUCACAAACACUCAGCCGAAUCGAAUCACAUCGCCCUGUGUGUGAUUGACUGACUGACUGACUGACCGACCGUAUCCAUCAACCAGCAACAAGACAAACACCGGACAGCCAAUGACAAAUUGGUGGAGGGAGCAAACACUCCCCUCCCCUCCCCCUCCCCCCUCUCUAUACAUGAUGACAUCGACAUGGACGUACGUCAUAAGCCCCCCACCCACGUCAGUGUCUGCCCAUCCAUCGGUUAUGUAUACACCCAAGCAAGCAAGCAACCAAGCAAUAGACAACAAAAUCGCCGUCCGUACUGGUACAGCAAAACCCUCGCUCACUCACUCACUCACAGCUCGUCACCAUGUCGGCUGUCUCGCCUCGCCCUUCCGUCUCCCCUCCCCGCAGCAAUCAGUGUCCCGUCAUCACCUACAGCUACAUUUGCUGCUCCAGGCUCGACAUUGGGAGCAACCGGAACGCUCAUGCUCACAGUGACGGUGCUGUUGGCAGUUGGCUUGGUGCGGAGGUUUGUCUUGUUGUUGCUGCUAUUCUUCUUGUGUCUGCCGCGGCAGGGCGGGUCGUGGGGCAGGCCGAGAGGGCAGUCGGUGUGCUGCCGUCUUUGCCUCUUGAAGUAGUAGUGGCUGGCGCUCAUGACCCACUCCACAAAGAACACCUUGUGCCGCAAACGAGACGCCGGCACUGCACACAUCCACCAUUCGCACACAACACAACACACAAAGCGGUAGGCACUCUCACAGGCGGAAGGGCAGAUCUCUCUCUCUCGUGAGUGGAAUUGCUGACCUCUCUGGGUGCCGUCGUGGUCAAAAGUGGCUACAGUGGCCGGCAGCUCUGCAUCGGUGUGGUGCUGCUGGCUCUCGCUGAGCUCCAUCUGUGCGUGUGGGUCGUCUGUCUUCCAGAUGUGGAAGAUGUAUUUGCGCAUUCUGUGCUGGUGGAGGCCGAUGCCGCCUCCUCCCUGGUCGCCGCAGCCCGUCACCACUCGAGACCACCCGAACAGGCCGCGCAGGAGGAGCACACCCGUGUGGCCGUGCUGCAGGGAGCGGGGGAACCCGGGAACUGUCAAACGAAUGAAUGAGUCAAGGGCCCACAAGAGAAUUGAGAUUAGAGGGCGGAAGACAUCCGUGAGGAGGUAUCUUUGUGUCGUACCUGGAUCGCUGCCCAUGCCAGCAUAUGACUGCAGGUAGUAUCUGAACCCAUUGCAGUCGUUGAAGCCCUCCCUGGUGGGCCUCGGUGCAGCAAAGCUAUAAACUACGGCCCCCUCGGCGGCCUCGCCGAAGUGCUCGAGCUUGUGGAGCGAGGCGAUGGCGCCGCCCAGCGAGUGGCCGGUGAUAAAGAUGCCGCCGCUGCACUGCGGCGAGGCCAGGAGAGCGGUCCAUGUGGACCAGCUGGGGGACGACUUGAUGGUCUCGUACUCCUUGUAGAAGCCAUAAUGCACCCCAUAGCUGGACCAGAUGGGAGAGAUGCCAGCCAGAUACCAUCCACUAUGGUUGUGUCAUGUCUGUGGUGUGUUGUCUUACACGUUGCCGUCCCUAGCCGUCAGGUUCUGCAGCGGGUGCAUGCGGAAGUCGUUGCGCCAGUCGUCCCAUUCGUGAGUGCCCUUGAAGGCUAUGGCACACUGAGCUAACGACGGCUUGACGGACACGACUCCCUGCAGCACAGCAGGCAUGACAACAUCCAUCCACCUAUAUCCACCCGCCAAACGCACCCGCCCUGUCUGUCUGCGUACGUACCACAUCAUCAUUCUCUUUGAUGACGCUGUGUACGGUCCACCCCCAUGCAUCGCCGCUGCUCUCAUGGAUGGCACCGCGGGCAAGACAGGCCAUCUGCAAAUCCACCGACUGGUACCCAUAAGGCUCGCCACGGCCGCCGCCUGUGCGCGUGUGGUGACAGACGUGCUCGGGGCGAGGGUCUGAAGCACACAAGCACACAGAGAGUAGACCGAUGAGAACUCCGCUGGCUGCUUUGACCUACCUCUUUCUUUCGCCCGCCCCGAGACCACUUGAUGCCUCGACAGCAGGAUGGCUACCGUCACCCCACACAGCGCCCUCGCCACCCGUGAUGACGUCACACGCCGUAAGGCCUUGAACAGCACGCCAAUCGCCCGCCCCAGCUGCAGCCUUCUCAGACUGAUCACCCAGUGCCGAAAGCCACCCAGGGAGAGAGCAACACCGGCUGCGCGAGGGCUACGUGAGGUGCUACGAAGCAGCAGGGGCUUCUUAAAGGCGAGCAGUCGGACGCGUAGCUUCCGGAAGGGCGCGAAAGGCCGCAACCUCACGCCUUCGGACAUCGAUGAGGUCUUUGCCGUCUGCUGCACGUCUGAGGGAGUGAGGCGUCAGGAGAGGUACAAGGUGGUUCGAUUUCGGAGAAGAGGGGAG